CCUUGGGACAGACCUUAUCAAUGCUUACAAACCAUUUUUGGAACCAUGAGGCUCACUAAAGAACUGUUUUAUUAUAAAAUUAACAAAGUAAAAUGGUUAAAGACUGUCUGGAAGACUAGAGGAAAAUACAAAAACCCUCCCCUGAAAGUGCCACAAGCUAUAGAACAAUUAGGUGUUGACAUUGUUGAUCCAUUGGAGGAAUUCAGAACUGAUGUAAAAAAAGAAUGGAAACCACCAGCUGAUGACCCACGGUUCUAUGAGGAACCUAGCCCUACAGAGCAUCCGCUGUAUAAAGAAAAUCCAGUUUCAUGUUAUAACUAUACAAUCAAAUUUUUGCAAAAUAUUGAUCAAGUUUGUGUUCUUACAAAGUCACAGAAGCUUGAUGGAUUACCACAAAAUGUUUCCAACUUGGUGAACAAGAUAGAAAUACCCAACAAAGAAAUACUUCUCAAGCGUUAUAUAAUGCAUUCACAGGAAUGGGUCAGUACUAGGGUUAAACUCCCUCGAAGAAUUGAUAAAGAAAAUUUGAAAUUCAAAUUUCCAAGAGAAUAUGGUAUUCCUCCACGUCAAUCAAUAGGCAUAUUUCUGACAGAUCUAGUGAGGAUGUGUCAAAGUACAGCAGCACAGUUCCCCAAUGCUGUUCAAGGGAGACGACUCAUUCAUUCACCAUAUGUCAAUACACAUUAUAUGUUUAAUGAUGAGAAUAUUUUGAUACGAGGAACACCAAAAUACAUGUUAGGGUCAAAUCAAGAUUUGCAGCCAUUUGCUGAUCAAGAAACAAUUGACAAAUCUACUGAAAUGGCUUUGCCAGAUUUAUAUCCUGUAGAGCCAACAAUUGAUUUGAUAAAAGAGCAUUUUUAUAAUGAUUCUACCUGCAAUGGUUUUAAAUUACCAUAUGCCUUUAGCAGACCACAUACUUUGUUCAUGCAGAACAGUGAUCAUUGGAGCAAUGCUGACAGACAGUGUAGAUCUCUUAUGUUCUGUUUUGCAUACGCCACUGCUAGGGCCAGAGAAAGAUUUGGAGAUGAUGUUGUGAAAUUGCCAGAACCUGUUAGUGUUCAGUGUGUAAACAUGGAUCAAACGACUCUUAACUUUACAUGCUUUCAGUUAAACACUCUAGACAUAAAUACAGAUGGAGGAAUCAAGAACUUUGUUUGGUUUGAUACAGGUAACCAGAUAUUUAAAAAAAUCAUGCCACAGCCUUGGAAAGAAGAUGAAUUUUUUCAUAAAAAACAUUAUGGAGACUUUGAAUCUACACCAUUGGACAAGAUGUUAGCACUAGUUUUAAAUGGGUUACCAGAAACGGCAAAUUUAUGAUAUAUUUUUGAAUGGCAUUAAAAAAGUAUUUGUUUGAA